UGGGAAGAAGGUGGUGGUCCGACAGAGCACCAGCGACUGCGGCCGUAAGGACCGCAACCGCGAGUAGACAGUGUGGGCGGGAAUGUGGUCAUAUCAUCAAUAAAACAUACGAAGCGAAACGGGGACGAGUUUAAAAUAUUGCAGACGGCUGAUUGCCCUAUCAUGUGAUGUGCCAUCGCGAGCUGGACGCAGCUGUAUGGGGCAGAGCUUGCAAGCUGUAACAUCUCCUUGGACUUUUGCAGAACGAAGAGAAGCAGCCAUGACGGUGCUGGAGAGGAAGUGGUCCACCCUGCACUAUGAGCUGGCGCAGUCCGGUGGCAAGAUCAAGCACAAGUACUGGAAACGGCAAUUCACUACGAGGACUCUAGCCUCAGUGGCCGCUCUCAUGCUGCUGAGUGUGACCUGCCUGGCUGGGGCCUACGUCCUGUGGUUCACUGCCACAGUCAACAACAUCGUUGACUCGGUCCUGACGUACCGGGAGGGCGACAUGUACUACAUGGACUGGCGCUACCCGCAGUACACGCCGUACACCCGGGUAUACAUCUACAACUACACCAACACGGAGGAGUUCUUGCGGGGAGACGCAAAGAAACUCAAAGUGGAGGAGAUAGGGCCUUACAUGUAUCGAGAGAAACUAGAGAAGGUGAACGUCACGUUCCAUGGCGACGGCGACACGGUGUCGUACCGCGAGAAGAGGCUGUUCACCUUCGUGCCGGAGGAGUCCGUCGGGACGGAGGAAGACGUCUUCGUGGUACCCAACGUGCCGCUGCUGACGGGCAUCUCGCUGGUGCGCGACAAGGGCUUCGCGGCUCAACUGGCGCUCCGCAGCGCCAUCUGGGCGCUCGACGUCGACAAGGGCGCGUUCGAGACCCUGCGCGUCAGCGAAUACCUCUUCGGCUACAACGACAAGCUGUACGACGCGGCGCAGGGCGCCUUGGACAUGAUCGGGACCAAGCUGCCCAGGCUCGGCAUGCUGACGUCGCGGAGCGGGGUGAACGCGCACGAGUACACGAUCCAGACCGGCACGCGCAACCACUCGGAGAUCGACGUGGUGGUCGCGCUGGACGGCAAGCCCGACCUGGGCGCGUGGGCCGAGCCCGAGUGCAACCGCAUCGACGGCGCCAUCGGAGCCAUCUACCAGGGCCCGCUGUGGGCGCGAGAGCGCCUGCACCUCUACCACGUGGACCUGUGCCGCCGCAUCAACCUGGACUUCCAGGAGGAGCGGUUGGCCAUGGGCGUCCUGCCCGCCUACCGCUACACCCCGCCGGCCGACUUCCUACACAACGCCCGAGACAACCCGGAGAACGCGUGCUUCACCCCGCGCUACUUCGGCGAGUGGCCGUCGGGUGUGUUCCCCAACGCGCCCUGCUUCGAGAACGCACCGGUGUUCGUGUCCUUCCCGCGGUUCUACCAGGGGGACCCCAAGCUGCGCCAGAUGGUCGAGGGCGUUGGCGAGCCCGAGAAGGACAAACACCAGCUCUACCUGGACCUGCACCCCCAACUGGGGCUGAACCUCGGCUGCGCGGUCCGGAUCCAAGCCAACAUGAUGGUGCGGAAAGCGCCGCUUGUCGGCAACUACCUCGACGCGUUCGAGGACGGCACGAUUCUUCCCAACAUGUGGUUCGAGUCGAUCAUCGACCAGUACGACCCCUGGACCUUUCGACGCACCUGGCACGCCACCUUCACCCUGCGCUGGUGCGAGACCGGUUUCAAGUACGCCUUGCCGCUGCUCGCCGCCCUCUUCGGCGUCCUGGCGACCCGCAGAAUGCGGCGUUGUGUGGACCGGGGAGAGGAACUCUGCACGGCGAACAAGACCGAGGUGGAGCUGCAGCAACUCCAGCAGCCCCUUACGACCGUGAGAUAAAACCACUGUCACUUGUAAGACUAAAUCAAGGCUUCAUCUGUGAUAUAAUUUUGUCAAGUUUGUGAAUGUUGCGUACACAAUGUUUUCUUUUGUUUUCUUUAAUGAAGUAAUGAAGUUACGUGGCAUGAGAGCUAUUCUUCACAGCCAAUAUUCAUAAAUGGCCUGCGCGGCUCGCCGGGGAAGAUGGAAGGUACACUGUAAAUCCGGGGUGUCCAGCUCGGUCCAGCUUGUAGGCGACAAAGUCGCCCGACCCGCAAAACUAGGCGACUUAUGUCGACUUUCUGCUGGACACCUUCCGGUCUUCCGGACAAUCGCAUGGGCACAAUGGGUGGAAUUCCUCUGAACUCAUACAAUGCAAUUACCCGGAAGAACAGCAGAAGGUGUCCAGCGGAAAGUCGACAUAAGUCACCUAGUUUUGUGGGUCAGGCGACUUUGUCGCCUACCUGCUGGACACCCCGGAUUUACAGUGUAGGCAAUGCAUUAGUGUUUGUAAUUUGCUUCAUUAGUGAACAAUUAGGGUGCGCCUUGGUGGGGCGCUCAGAGAGACAGGAGAGCAAGUCCGGUACGUCAGAGAGAGGAGAGGGCCUCUCGGAGGAGAAGCAUGCAGCGCAGAGCAGUCCAGUCCUGAAAACACUGUAGCGGUGCAAGGCACGGAGGACAUAGACUGUGUCCUCCGUGCAAAGCGGGCGUGCAAGCUGGCAAGUACAGAAAGAAGGGCUGAUUAGAAAGCUGACGGGACCGGGGUCCCGGGGGACCUAUGCAAUGUUUUAAUGGUGCAUUCGCAGGAUGCCAGACCAGGUACAGCACCAUGGACUUGUCGAUUAAUUUGUAGAGUAAGAAAAGCAAUGUAAGUUGUGAGUGCUGCGGAUAUUGUAUGACCAUGUAAGGCUGUGAUACUGAUAAAGUUAAUAAUUUUAACUGUUCAACACUAAGCUCCUAACUGUAGUGAUGGGAAAAGGAAAUUAAUAAAUGUUAAUAUGACCUGUG